AUGGAUAUUCUGGAGAAGAUUUACCGGAACGUUCGACAGCAAGUUAUAAAUUGGUCAGGAUCAGUACCAAAAACUGUUGAUCUUCUGAACAAAUCAGUGUCGAAUGUGAGGUUGCCACCUUUUACUAAGGACAAUGUACUGUACUAUUAUUUACCAUUACAAGGUCUGGUUAGUUACACAACUUUGUCAGUAAGUGUAAUGAACCCUCACCUAAUGGUCAGGUUGUUUCCGCAGAGAGAUGUAACAGAUGUUUUAUUUUUAACUGCGGGUGGUGGUGCAGGACUCUGGCUCUGGGCAAGACCACACAUGGCAGCUGCGGCACCAGCUAGGCGUUUUUCUUGGGCAUUUUUAGGUGGCUGUUUAUGGCCUCUUGGAUCUAUUUUCUUAUGGGCCAUACUCAGAAGUUCAGUAGGUCAAAGGCCAGUCAUAGGCACUGUGUUAGGUAUUACUACUGGAGCUAUGCUUACUAAUAUUGCUUUAGAUUAUUUUCAUUAUGUGGAACUUAUGUUUUGUGGUGAGGUGCAGCUCCCUGAUGAGACAUAUACCCCUAACAGUGAUGAUGAGAAGUAUGAUAUUGAUAUUUAA